AUCCCAAAGCGGCUUAGUGUCAUGAAGACAUUGGGAAAUCCACUCUUGUUGUCAAAUUGUGGUCUUUGUAUACGAGAAUUAAAGCAAGAAAAUUACACUUCAAGUAAAAUCUGCGCGCUUUCUAAGAGCAUCCUCAUAAAAAGGAAAAUGCACGUCGCGUUCAUCAUUAUAAUUUUACUGAACGUAACGUUGCAAGCGAUAACCGCUCCCGUUUCAAAUCAGUCAAAAGCAAUUGAAGCGUCGGAGUUGUUAAAAGAAUUGCAAAAAUUUGAAUCGGAGAUUAAUCCGUUGAGUGUUAAGGUGCAAAAGGUUCUUGAAACAAAGGAGACUGACAUCAUGGAUAAAUCUAAUAACAAACCAGAACCAUCAAACGAUAAAAAAAUAAUGAACGAGCGGGCUCUUGAUUCAGAAGAACCAGAGAACCAGACGGCUUCACGUCGUUCAAAAAAUAUUGAUCAAAUGAGAGUAAUCGAAGCUUUGGAGGAGCUACUUCAGGCACCAAUGAUCAGCAGUUUUGUCACGAACGAAGAAGAGAAACAUAUGAUACAAAGCGGAAUCAUAGCACUGUCAAAGGCUUUCGCAUGGUCAAAGUUCACGAUGGAAGAUGUUAUUAACGCCUCAAAAAGUCAGGUCGACCAAGAUUCUAGGAAUUUCACAAACCUGAAGGGCUCAACAAGAAAGCCUUUGACAGAUGACGAAAAAGUCCUUGGACUAGAAAACAUGGUCAAAGAUAAAGUGGAGGAGAAUAACUUGAGCUUGAAUGAGAUGAGAUACCUCGUCAAAGGACUUGCUGCAGCUGUCGGAGCUCGGAAUAAUCUAUCCAAAACGAGUACAAUGAAAUUAGAAAAAACGAUUCGGAAUGGCGUAUACGAGUUGGUUGAAAAAAAUGAAGAACCCGGAUCUGAACAGCUGCAUCGUCUUGACUUAAUGAGCUACAAGGAAUUAUCGGAAGAUUCGCAGAAAAAGAAAGAGCAAAAACAAAAUGAUGAUGAUGAUGAUCUGGCUAGUUUGAUGAAAAACCUAGAAAAAAUAUGGAAAAGAAUGAACGAAUCCAACGUCGAACGAAGCGCAAGCAAAAAGCAGAAAUAUUUAUUGAAAACGAUUUUAGCAAAUUCGUUAGCUUUAGUGGAGUCAAUGGGCAAGCAGAACGAAGAAUUAAAAUAUUUCAAUAAAGAUUCCUUAUUAAAAGAACUUCAGUCGCGCCAACGUCUGUUGCUGCUAAUCAAUCAACUGAAAGACAGUCAAAAAAACACGUUAACGUCACACUCAGUAUUUCGUCUGAUGAUGACGUUACAGCAAAAAAGAAAGGUGACAUGCCACGUGACAGUAGUACGUCAUUGGACACGGAGAUGGGAUUGUCAAAGGAAAUUGUAAAACAAAUGGAAGAAAUUCCUGAGUUUAUAGAGAAAGAUAUUGUCACAGUUGAUGAAGAAUUUACAAGACAAUUCAAAGAACAGAAAAAGGACUUAGAAAAGUCAAG